AUGGUAUAUGGUUGCUCGGGCAAUUUCCAGAUCUAUGAUGUACGGUUGUUGGGCAAGAACUUAGUAAAUACACACGCCAGAUAUAAAAAGAAUGGUUUUGUGCCUCCAUAUAACUACGCCUCUUGCAGGGUUUGUUCCAGGAACUCUCAAGGAUGCCUAACUGUUGUAAUGGAUCUCCAGGAUCAAAUGGACCAAGGUUACAUUGUAGCCUACCAAGCCAAAGAUUAUAAUCAGGUCAAUAUGGUCAAUAGUGACAAUGAAGUGAAUGUCAUAGUUCCUCAGUUCAAUGACUCCGAGCCUAUACAUAUUACUUAUGAUAGUCGGAAGACUUCUGUGACUCCUCUGGACAUUAACUUACCGGGCCCAGUUCCCUACCAAUCUGAUAAAGUUGUGUCUUACAAGUACAAUGCAACAAUGACUGAGAAUGGAAAAGAUGUUCCUCUACCCUCCAUUGUUAACGUUGCUAAUGUAAGCAAGGUCACAAGGAGUGGGUGUAUAUUUGAAAAAAGGACUGAGGAUGUCGCAGCAGGAAAGCAGGCUCAUGUUGAGAUCCCUUAUGAACUGGUUGGCCAAUCUGAUAACAUGAAUCCGAAAAGUGAUAACAGUGAGGCUCACCGUGAAGCUUUGCAGAAAAUCUUAGAACAAGCCUAUGUAGACCAUGAUGUGAUGGUCGGACAGUUUGAUGGUAUCGUCGCUAACAUCACGACCUGCAACAACUUGAGUUUCAGUAAUAAAGAGCUCCCCGAAGAAGGAAGAAAUCAUAACAUGGCACUAAAUAUCUCAAUCAACUGUAUGAAUGACUCUUUGUCAAGUGUGUUAGUGGAUACAGGCUCUUCUCUCAAUGUCAUGCCGAAGUCGACACUUUCCAGACUUUCUUUUCAAGGUGCUCCUAUGAAGAGUAGUGGGAUUAUUGUCAAAGCUUUUGAUGGUUCCAGAAAAAUAGUCAUUGGAGAAGUUAACCUUCCUAUGACCAUCAGACCUCAUACUUUCCAGAUAACAUUCCAGGUGAUGGACAUAGAAGCUGUGUAUAGUUGUUUAUUGGGUCAACCUUGGAUCCAUGAAGCUAGGGUAAUCACUUCCACUCUGCAUCAGAAGCUUAAAUUUGUGAAGAACGGGAAACUAGUGAUAGUCUGUGGGGAGCAAGCACUGGUUGUGAGUCACUUAUUAUCUUUCUCUUAUCUUGAACUUAAAGAAGCUGUUGGAACUCAAUUCCAAGCUAUUUCUUUGAUUUACAAAGAUGUCAAGAUAGGAGUAUCCAUCUCUUCAUUCAAGGAUGCAAAACGGCUAGUAAAUAAUGGUAUAACCGAUGGUUGGGGAACAAUUUUGGAUCUCCCAGAAAACAAACACCGAGAGGGUUUAGGCUUUUCUCCUACUUCCAAGAAGAUUGCAAAAGGAAGUAGAUCUAUUCGUUCAAUCAAAGAAACUUUCCAUAAUGGAGGGUUCAUCAAUCCCACUUUGCCAGAAGUUAGUGUCGUCACUGAGGAUGAUGAUUCAUCAUGGGAACCCUAUUGCGACGAUCCUAAAUACGAUCUUGAGGCAUAA